CGCGCGGCGGAGUGGGGGAGGGCGGUCCGUGUGUGUCUGUGUUGUUGUUCGGCGGCGGCGGCGGCGGCGGUAAGAUGGCUGCCCACGGGGGCUCCGCGGCGUCCUCGGCGCUGAAGGGGUUAAUUCAGCAGUUCACCGCCAUCACCGGUGCAAGUGAAAGUGUAGGAAAACAUAUGCUUGAAGCGUGCAACAAUAAUCUGGAAAUGGCAGUCACUAUGUUUUUGGAUGGUGGAGGAAUCGCUGAAGAGCCCAGUACCAGUUCAGCAAGUGUCUCUACUGUCAGACCACACACAGAAGAAGAAGUUCGUGCCCCAAUUCCUCAAAAGCAGGAAAUACUGGUGGAACCAGAACCAUUAUUUGGUGCCCCUAAAAGACGACGGCCCGCACGUUCAAUUUUUGAUGGUUUCCGGGAUUUUCAGACUGAAACCAUUCGGCAAGAACAAGAAUUAAGAAAUGGAGGAGCUAUAGAUAAGAAAUUGACUACUCUUGCAGAUCUGUUCCGGCCACCCAUUGAUUUGAUGCAUAAAGGCAGCUUUGAAACAGCCAAAGAGUGUGGCCAGAUGCAGAAUAAGUGGCUGAUGAUAAACAUUCAAAACGUACAAGACUUUGCAUGUCAGUGCCUCAACCGUGAUGUGUGGAGCAACGAAGCUGUGAAGAAUAUUAUCCGGGAACAUUUCAUUUUCUGGCAGGUUUAUCAUGACAGUGAGGAAGGUCAGAGAUACAUACAGUUUUAUAAGUUAGGGGAUUUCCCCUAUGUUUCCAUAUUGGACCCACGAACAGGUCAGAAGCUAGUAGAAUGGCACCAGUUAGACGUAUCUUCUUUCUUGGACCAAGUGACAGGAUUUCUGGGUGAACAUGGACAACUGGAUGGACUUUCUAGUAGUCCCCCCAAAAAAUGUGCCCGUUCAGAGAGCCUUAUAGACGCAAGUGAAGAUAGCCAGCUAGAAGCUGCCAUCAGAGCCUCCUUACAAGAAACACAUUUUGAUUCAACACAGACAAAACAAGAGAGCCGCUCAGAUGAAGAAUCUGAAUCUGAACUUUUUUCUGGCAGUGAGGAGUUCAUAUCUGUUUGUGGUUCUGAUGAAGAAGAGGAGGUAGAGAAUCUUGCCAAGUCCAGAAAGUCUCCCCACAAAGAUGUGGGGCAUAGAAAAGAGGAGAAUAGAAGGCCACUGACUGAGCCCCCAGCCAGAACUGACCCUGGGACAGCCACAAACCACCAAGGAUUGCCAGCCGUGGAUUCAGAAAUACUGGAGAUGUCACCUGAAAAAUCAGAUGGAGUAGUGGAGGGCAUAGAUGUAAAUGGACCAAAAGCACAGCUGAUGUUGCGGUAUCCAGAUGGAAAAAGGGAACAGAUCACUCUUCCAGAGCAAGCUAAACUGCUAGCUUUGGUGAAGCACGUCCAGUCUAAAGGAUACCCAAAUGAACGAUUUGAACUCCUCACCAACUUUCCUCGAAGGAAAUUGUCUCAUCUGGACUAUGAUAUUACCUUGCAAGAGGCAGGCCUUUGUCCUCAAGAGACUGUCUUUGUACAGGAAAGAAAUUAACACCAUGGCCUGACCUCUCUCAGCUUACCCCUUUUUUCCCUUUUCCCAUGAGAUACCAUGUCACUAAGUGUGCAUUUGGCUCAUAGGACCACAGAGCCAGAGUUGGGCAAGCAAGUCACCUUCCUUCUCUUUCAUUUCUUGAUCUCUCCUAUGAUCAGCCUCUUUCUUUCUUUCUCCCCUCUGUUCUCUCCCUCCCCACUCUGUCCCCUUCCUCCCCUCUCCCCCAGCACUUUCUUUCUUACCUAAUCUGGUGACCAAAUUGAAGUGUAAGGAUAAGACCUCUCCUAGUACCAGCAGCAGGAACUGUGUGUUCCAGUCAGUGGUCUCUUGCACGGCACUUUUUUGGGAUCAAAUGUUAAUGUUACUCCCCAGACUCCUCUGGCAAAGGAAUGGCUAGAUUCACAGUAAGAACAACCUCCCUUUUUUGUAAGCCCCCAUUUUUAGUAGGGAGAAGAAAUUCUCUAACAUGUGUUUCAUUUUGUUGUAUUCUUCAUGUAGGAAAUGUCACUUAACAAAAUAUCCAGGCUUUUGUUUAUGUGGAAAAAGCAUCCCUUGUAAUGAUUGCUCAUCAUACUUAAAAACUUUCGUCAAAGGAUGUUCAUGUUCCCAGCUAUAAGAACUAUUUCCAUGACAUGUGUCAUUGGCAGAAUGAGCAUUACAUAUGGAGUGUAUAGCUUGGAGUGACUUUCAUUGUCCUGGCCUGAGAUAAUUUUAUUCCUCUGUAUCGAUCCUGCUGGUCCAAGAACGAACAUGAAGGAGCCUGUCGUGGUGACGGGGAUGGGCAGGUGCUUGCUGUUUCUGCCAGCACUGUGUAUCCGUUCCCUUGGAGUCCUCCAUCGUCUGGGUCUGCAGUGAUGGGUAGGAAGGCAGCUGGUCAAUCAUCAUGUCGUGCAAUGGCUUGUCACUGUGACCACUGUGGUUAUUGAUUGUCCUGUGUUGUUUCAGGCACACUGAGGUAUGUCCCUGGGGAGAAAGAAAGCCAUUCAGCUGAGAAUUGCUAACCACCUUCUUUUGGUUAGAAAUAAUGGUUCAUUUUUUGCCCCUGGUUGAAUAGUCUGAAAGGCUCUGGUGACUGAAUUGUACUUGAGUCCGCAUGCUGUUUUCUUUCAAAAGGUAUCAAAACUGAAGAAAGCCUCUCUAAAGGGAAGACCUUUAAACUCAAUUCAGAAGACAACAUUUAGUAGUGGGGAUGGUGGAGGUUACUAGUAAUUUUCAGAUGUGGGUUUUUUCUGCCAACAAAACCCAAUUCAAAUUGGAGUUGGUCAAAGCUUUCUUCAGUAUUUUUUAGAAGAGGCCAUCUUGAAUCUACAUAAUACCAUUUAUAUAUCAACUUCACUCUAUGCUCAGUUCUUAUUUUGAGCUUAAAUGGAGUCCUCUGAAGGGGUAGUAGUGAUUCUGGUGGCAAAACUAGAACUUUUAACUUGUAAAAUUAAAAUAUUAAAUGAACCUUUUUUGUCAAUUGAGGAUUUAGAUUGAUUUUUUAAUCUGAGGAACAUAAACUGAUGUUGCUUAGAAACCUUUAGGUUUUCAUCUACUUUAAGAUUGCUCUCUUGACAAUUAGGGGAUUUGGGAAAAGAAAAAAAAGAUGUGUUGCUAGUACUAAAUUAUAGAAUAUGAUUUCUAAUGGUGGGUUGGAUUUCGAGGAACCUUCCCUAAAGAAUGAGUUAUGUAUCUCCUCACAGAAAUCAUGGAAAAUUGUUUAUUCUUCAGUGAGUCCUUUUGAAUUAAUGUUCUUACAUUUUUUCUAAGUCUGUGUAAGUGCUAUGUAUAAGUAUAUAAUUGUAUAAAUAUUUAUAAAUAUAUUUAUAUAAUUACGGUUUCAUUUC